AUGAUUGCCUCAUCUCUGGUCGCCCUGCUAGCCCUCGGGUUGAGCCACGCCCGCGCCGCCGUCGAGGUCAGCGCCAAUGUGACCGUUUUCCCCGGCAAGGUCAAGUCCGACUCGACAGCGAUCCUGUAUGCCGACCAGCAGCCGCUUGUCCUCGGCAACGAUGGCACUGCCCACGGCGGGGGCUUCCACGUGUACGACCUCGGUGCCAGGUCCGAAGUGACGUCUGUCUACACUGGACGGACGAAGCUGGUCACGACCGUGCAGAAUGUCAACGGCCGCCACUGGGCUGUCACCAUCGCGCAGCCCGACUCGGUGAUGAGGGUAUUUGAGCUUCCUGCGGUCAGGCGUGUCGAAAGUGCCGACUUCAAGUCACUCGGAGACUGGUCUGCUCUAUGCGGAUGGAAGAGCAAGACUGGAAACCAGUAUGUGUAUCUGUUUGGCAAGAAGGAGGCGGUGGAGUUCCUGGUCCAGCCUGCGGGCGAGGAUGUCAAACUAGUUGAGGUCCAACGCUUCCCUGUGCCCUUUGAGGCUUCCGGGUGCGCUGCAUCUCGUUCCCAGUCUCGGAUGUACGUCUCAGCCGACGACGACAAGACUGUCUACGCCUUCUCGCUGGCAGAGACUACGAGCACUCCCAAGAUCGUCGAGGCCGGUAAGGCCGCCAGCGACGUGACAGGAUUGGCCGUCUAUGUCGGCCUGGAGCAAGAUUACCUGUUCGUCGCUCAGGAGAGCACCAUCGGAGUCUACGACAAGUCUUUCAAGCUCGCAGGCACCAUCGGCCUUAAAGGCCUGGCCGGCAUCAAGGCAAAGGGCCUAAACAUCUACCAGGGCGCUGCUUCUCCAUAUGCUGCCGGCGCUGUCACCUUUGCUUUCAAGUCCAAAAGUGGCACUGGCGCCGGCUUUGUUGAGCUUGAGAACGUACUCAAGUCUCUUGGCAUCUCGAAGAACACCGCUUUCGAUCCUCGACGUGUAGGCUCCUGCGGCCGCAAGUCUCCCCUCUGCGAUGCCUGCUCCGGUAAUGGGUUCUGUGGGAACGGCACUGCGCCAUCGUGCAGCUGCUUCUCCGGCUUCGCUGGCGGCAAGUGCACCGACAUCACCUGCACUGACAACUGCUCCGGCCACGGCAAGUGUAUCGGCGCCAACGUCUGCAAGUGCGAGGCCGGCUGGGGUGGCCUGUUCUGCUCGUUCCUAGACAUCGAGCCGACCUACGAGACCGAGGCCAGCGGCGAUGACGGCGAUGACCCUGCCAUCUGGAUCAACCCCGUCGAUCGUGCGCAGUCUCGCAUCAUCACCACCACCAAGUCAGAUCAGGGUGCUGGCCUGGGCCUCUUCGACCUGACCGGCAAGCUCCUCCAGCAUCUGCCCGCUAGCAAGCCUAACAACAUCGACGUAAUCUACAGCUUUCAGGCGGGCGGGCGGAAGAUCGACCUUGCGUUUGCCGGCUGCCGCGGCGACAACACGCUCUGCCUGUUCGAGAUCGCCCCCAACGGCACCCUCUCCGCCAUCGCCGGCGGCAUCCAGCCCGUCGUGGCGGGCUUCACCGUCUACGGCUCCUGCACCUACCGCUCCCGCAAGUCCGGCAAGCAGUACCUCUUCGUCAACGAGAAGUCGUCGCGGUACCUACAGUACGAGCUGUCUGCCACCGCGGCGGGCGAGCUGCAGACGACGCUCUUGCGCGACUUCAUGGCCGGGUCCGGAGGCCAGGUCGAAGGCUGCGUCGCCGACGACGCCAACGGGUGGCUGUUCCUGGGCGAGGAGCCCUCGGCGCUGUGGCGCUACGGUGCCGAGCCCGACCGCGGCCGCGCCGAGGGCGUGGCCAUCGCCCGCGUCGGCGACGGCAAGCUGCACGGCGACGUGGAGGGCGUGACGCUGGUGGAGGGCGGGACCGCCGACGCGGGGCUGAUCAUCGUGUCGAACCAGGGCGUCAGCGCGUACAACAUCUACAGGCGGGCCGCGCCGCACGAGUACGUCGCGACCUUUACCGUCGUGCGCACGGCCGACGGGCGGGUCGACGCCGUGAGCAACACGGACGGGGUGGCGGCCGUGGGCGCGGCGCUGGGCGGGGACUUCCCGCAGGGUCUGGUCGUUGUGCACGACGACGCCAACGAGCUGCCGGAUGGGACGACGAGCGAGGAGGCCAGCUUCAAGCUCGUGAGCCUGGGGAAGAUCCUGGGUGCGGAGCAGCUGAAGGCGCUGAACCUGUCGGGGGAGGUCGAUGCGGCGUGGGAUCCUAGGAAGGGACUGUGA